GGCCGCCCACGGCGGCGGCGUGCGCAACUUGGGAGACAACCUCUGGUCACACGGCAAUCCUGCGUUCUGCGACACGGUUGCCAGGUUUGCCAAGAACAUGCAGGACCUGCAGCGGAAGUUGGGCACGAUGAUCCUGGAGAGCCUGGGCGUCCAGCGGAGCACCUCGAGUCGCACCUCUAAGCACUCGCCUACAACGUCCGGCUGGUGCACUACGGCUCGCUGUCCGAGACGGGGACGACGACCGGCCUGUCCAUGCAACCCCACAGGGAAUGCACGGGGGUGGAGCUACACAUAUUCAUCGAUGUCAGCUGAUAUCGAUGAUUUCGUGCAAAAUUAGUGAGGAAUCACUAUUUUGCACUGUUCAUACGUGGAGCACAGCAUUGGAACACAGAGCUAACAUCGGUGGUUUCGUGUGCCAGCUCCGCCCGUGUGCACCAUGGUCGUGCAGCACGACGUCGAAGGCCUCGAGGUGCAGGUCGGGGACAGGAGCUGGGUCGCGGUUCCCCCGGAGCACGACAUGGUCACCGUCGUCGCCGGCGAGCUGCUCACGGUGGUGACAAACGGGAAGGUGCCGGCCGGCGUCCACCGCGUCAGGACGCCGAACGACCGGGAGCGGCUAUCGGCGCUGUUCGUGUCCACGCCCAAGGAAGGCGCCACGGUGCGCCCGCUGUAGUGUACAACCACUGCAGCUUCAGUGACUACGUUGAUUUCCGGUUCGCCGGAGAUGGGCGCAAGCUAAGCGACCCGUUGCAGGCCUUCUGCGGAGCACCCAAAGAUAAGCAGUGAAAUUGUUGAACUGUGCGUCUCUUGUCUCCAUUACUCUGUUCAGGAUCAGUUCUCCUUCAUGACUGUUCGUGGCCACCGACCCAUGUUGCCUGGGUUUCCCACGAUUAUUCGAGGAACUACCUUUUUGGAAAAA